UUCCGGUUUUUGGAGACCAAUAAUACUUAAAGUUAACGUUAAUACUUACAAGCAACUUCAAAAUGUGAUACAAUAGCAUGCAGAUGCAAAUACUAGUCGAUAAAAUAAUCAUAAAUUGAAUUUAUUUGAAACACAAACAAAUGAGCUCUCAAACUGUCCAAACGAACAGCUUCUCAUUUUUGGAGCAACUAGAGCAAGCGAAAAACGUUUUGAAUUAAUCCAGAAAACAUGAAUUACACCACAAUCAACACCACAUCAGCCAGUUGUGGUUCAGUCCCAUAUCUUCCUCUGCCGAUUGCCGAGAGACUUUCUCCCGAGCUUCACGCUGUGUUCAUCUUCAGAAUCGCCAUUAACGCUGUAAGCUGUCCUUUUGUCAUUUUGCUGAACAUCUUGGUGAUGGUGGCAGUGAAAACCAAUCGUCGACUUCGCACCAAAUCUAACGUAUCACUUGCCUGUUUAGCCACAACUGACCUUGUUGUGGGACUUGUUGUUCAACCUUUGCAAAUCAUUUACCAUAGCUUUAUGCUCAAAGGUGAGACUGACAUAAUUUGCAGCAGGGUGGACAAAAUAACAGUUGCUAUUACCUUAAGGUGUGUCAUAGCGUCGCUUAAUCAUUUCGUUGUAUUGAGUGCAGAACGUUAUCUGGCUAUAAAACACUCUUUCGCAUACGAAAACCUUGUUACUGGAGGUCGUAUCAUCGUAGCCUCUGGUCUGGUGUGGGUUGCCGCGAUCACCCCUCCGAUGGAAGACUUCUGGCCAGCGAACAUAAGAAAUGUCUCAAAAUUUGCAGUUCUUGUUACGCAGUUUAUCUUUCUUGCGUUACUCGUUUAUUUUAACAUUUCUGUAUACAGGGAGAUCCGCCGCAACGAAAAACAAAUUAUUGCUAAUCAAGUUUCUGUAGAAGUGAAGGAGAAGUUACUCAAGAAUAAGAAAGCUUUUUACUGCACAAUUAUUGUUCUGCUCACAAUUUUCCUGUGUUAUUUCCCGGCAAAUAUCAUUAUUGUGAUUUUGAUAUCCAUUACGAAAGACCGUGACAGCAUCACUAUUAAUGUAAAACAUAUCAUGUUUCAUUUUAUUACUUUAUUGCCCGUACUGAACUCGUUGUUUAAUCCACUGAUUUACGCUGUUAGAAUAAGAUCUUUCCACGUGGCUUUCAUUCAGUUGUUGUCGAAGAAAACUUUUGCACAAGCCGAGCAGCUGGAAAGGAAUGCUUUUGGACCCAAACAAAUUCAAGCUGUAGCCACUAUUGAACAAGGAGAAAACCGGGUUAGCUGAGAGGGUGAAGUGGAACAAGGAAAUGAGACAUUGAACCGAUAAUGGAAACUUAUGGAGACACAGUCAGAAGUGAAAUAUGAAGAAACUGUUCAGUAAAGCCGACUUCACAGUCAUUCUCAGUUAUCGGCGUAUUUCAUGUCGUAGACGUUACAAAAAUUUUGGGUAAAAACUCUUUUUUGAAGAUUAUCUGACCAUGUGAAAACUCAGACAAAAAAAUACAAAAAUCAUAUACCAGUUACUAUGAC